AUGUCUUAUUACGCUCUUCAUCGUGACCCUGACGUGUUUGGCCAGGACGUGGAAGCGUUUCGGCCCGAGCGCUGGGCUACCAUUAGCCCGACGCAGUGGGAGUAUGCAGCUUUCGGCGGUGGCAACCGACGCUGCCUAGGGCAAUCAAAGGCUAUCAUCGAGGCGUCGUAUGUGCUUGCUCGGCUUUCACAGGCCAUUGAAAAGCUAGGGAUGCAAACGGCUGUAGAGUAG